AGCGUCACACACUGCACUAAGUUGACGAAAGAAAGCCGCUUUCAGCCGACCCACCUCGACUUUGAACCGUUGGAAGCGCGAUCGACUUCCCGUUGAACAGUCGACAGAAAAAAGGAAGCAGAGUAUUAUUUGUACUCUUCACACACACACACACACACUCACACACACACACACACACACACAUUAGCAUCGAAUCCUAUCGCCAACCUCAUACAACUCCGCACAAUCGAAACAACAACCAAAAGAAGAAAAAGACAAAUGCAAGUCGAAGUGAAGUUAUCGAUCGACAGCGCGGAAGGGUGCGAGCGCACAGCACAAACCCUGGCCAGCCACCACCUCAAGGACGAGUGCUACUACGACUUCUUCUUCGAUUUCAGCUACCGCGCUCUUCAGGAACGCGACAGUGUGCUGCGGCUGCGUGUUCCAUGUGAGCUGCAGAGCUUCACGGCUGCCGGCGCUUCCGAGCCUUCUCUUGACAUCAAUGAAGAUGGUGCGAAUAGCGGCAACGCCGAGAGUUCAGCUGAUAACAGGACAGGCGCUACGACUGCCACUACCGCUGCCGGCCCCGGUGGCGGGAACGCAGUUGGCGCCUACGACCCCGAUGCGGCGUACGAGGCGUUUCUUCGUUCCUGUCGAGGACUAAACGGGACCGGUGGUGGCGCAGCGGAUGCGCACAGCAGCACGGGUGACACGCUGACCAAUCUAUCAAGCCCUCGCUAUUCUUCCGUGGGAGACGCCACACGAAGUCGCGCUCUACCGCAGCCCAUUCUUGUUGCCGGGGCUACUGGGAAACUCUUUUUGAAGCAGAAAAACACCGUCCAGCACGGGCAUCAACUAACCUUCGUCGCUGAGGACGCAGACGUGCCGGCGGAUGUGGUCGAGGCGCUGGUGAAGCUCGUGCCGGCGUCGCUUUUCAUCACCGGCAUGAUCCCCUCCAGUGGACCGCGACCGGCGGACUCCUCCACGAACGCGUUCACGGUGCUGUCGGCGUACGCGCAACGACGGCCCUGCGCCGACGACGGCAAAGGCGACUCCGCCAUCCAACGCAUCGUGACGCAGCUGACGGAAAUCGCACACGCCUACACGCCGGCGCGGGCGAGCGGCUACGUUGGCAAGCGCGCUCGAAGUGCGUCGCAGGAGUCCGACGCGCACUUCACACAGGUGCGCUUUUCCGGUAUGGGUGCUCGCAGCGUUUACACGCAGCAGCAGCGUGCCGCCUCGGCUCUAGCAGAGGACGAAGAGGAGGAACAGCAGCAACAACGCCCCUCGCAGCAGCAGCGUAAGUCAGGCACGAACGCGGCUGCUGCCGUCCCGCAGCUGGAGGCGGUGGGGGGAUUUUCGACGCGGCGACAGAUCUACGCCUACGCCGGCGUGCACCAAGGCAUCGGCACGAGCGCCGGGGAGUCGUCCCGCGAGGCUGAACUCCGUGAGACGCGACGGGUGCGGCUGGACACGAGCUUCUUCCUGCCAGGAUUUACGAUUUAUGAGCUGGAAGUGCCCAAGUGCGGGGUGGCGGUCGACGAUGUGGCAGCAGAGGUCUGCGUCUUCUUGACGAAGCUGGGCGUGCGGUACCACACGGGAAGUGAGAGCAAGUACGCGCGCUACGUCCACUGCCUCGCCGCGACGCGCGAUGUGGAGCAAGACGCAAUGGACGUGAAGCUGCGGCUGACCAACGUGAACGGCUUCGAGGAGGUGCGGCGCAACCUGCAGCGUCUCACGCAGCCCACCGACGCGUCUGGUGUGUCCACCGGUGGCAACGCGCCGCGCUCGUCGCAGGAGAAGCGGUACAUCUCCAACACCGAAGUGGACGACGCGGAUGACGGCGACGGCGACACGUGGUGGCAGACGAACCCAAGCGGCUACCUGCAGGAGACGAACGAGGACUUUUUCUUUGACGGUCCCGAGCAGACGCUGCGGCGCGGGCACACGUUUCUGCGCCUGCGCAAGCAGCGGCACUCGAAGAAGUACUUCUUGGUUCUCAAAGCCCACCAGGUCUUCGUCGGCGGUCAGCAGAACUCGCUGUCGAGCACGCUAGAGCUGUCCGAGGUGAUCGCGCACGCGUUGGUCGACGACCCCUCGAAGUUCCUGCGCGAGCACUGUGACAACUUCUCCAUCAUGAAAACCAUCUGGGACGAGUUUGGUGUGCGGGAACUGUGCCGCACCGCGACCUUCACGACGGAGCGCGUGAUCGUGCCGUGGUGGUCAGCAAAGGCGCAGCCGUCGACGCUGCAGCGCAGCUGGGCGAGCGCGUCCGCCACCGGUCCCACCCUAGCCCCGCCGAGUCAGCUCAUCUACACGUCCAACUCCUACUUACUAUCCCAAAAGCAGCAGCAGCAACAGCAGGCGCGGCAAGAGCCCGAGGUAAGCGACGGACAGUCGAAGCCGCCGCCACCACUCGCGCCGCCGUUGUUGAUUCAUCUCGACAAGACACUCUACAAGGUGCCAGCAGAUGUGAAGGGGGUGCGCAUCCCUUUCUGUCAAGUCCGUCCGUGGGCCGAUCGGCAGUGCGAGACGUACGAGAUCGAGGUCACCAACAUCGAAGGCCCCACCGAUCCGAAGGAGGUGAUUCGGGAACUGACGGAGCUUCUGAACGACAUGGGCGUGGAGUGGUCCGUCGGCGUGCGCAGUAAACUGGAGCAGUACUUUUCCCUUAUUGAUGCGUGA